CCUCUCCACUUUCAUUCGCAAUAUCAGCUUACUUAGUAGAUUUACACCUACUUUUAGACUUAGAAUUUAACUUCUUUAUUUGUAAAGUGUUUUCCUAUACUGGCUUGGAACAAUUGGACUGGUAAUAGUUGGACUCGCAAUCUCCACAAUCGUUUCAUCUGUGUAUCAAAAAAAGUAGCAAUGAUUUAUACCACCCACCCCACAACGUAAAAAACGAAUUAUUUAAUUAACCAACAAAGCAACACAUUUUUUUGUUACCUUCACCUGUUGAAUCAUCAACACGUAUAUUACCUGUCUCCAAGUUCAAUGCCGCUAAAACAUGAUUAAUCACUUCUGUUUCCUUUUCACCCCCUUUUCUGCAUCAUUUAACCACGAUGGCUUUACAUUUAGCUGGCUCUGAUAUUUAGCUCUUAACGUCUGCACAUCUACAUCUUAUGGGCUCUCACUACACAAAAGUCCAUACAUGGCUUCUAUUUUUCUUUUUGUUCUCUCCGCAACAUCUAUUAGGUUAUGAACCACCAUUGCCCUCUCCUGUUUUUUCACAUAACGUCAACAAUGUUAAAAACUCACCCGAUACAUAUACAUUCAUAAGUAUUGUUCAAUGCUCUUAGAUAUUAUCCUUACAAACCUGUACUGUUGGUUCAUCAUCCAUCUUGUCUUUACAUACUGUCAAAGAUUUUAACUUUCCAGACCCAAAACAAUAUUUUUAGCAUGAAAACUUAGUGUACUCAUGCACAUACCUCUCCACUUUCAUUCGCAAUAUCAGCUGACUUAGUAGAUUUACACCUACUUUUAGACUUAGAAUUUAACUUCCCUUAUUUGUAAAGUGUUUUCCUAUACUGGCUUGGAACAAUUGAACUGGAAAUAGUUGGACUCGUAAUCUCCACAACCGUUUCAUCUGUGUAUCAAAAAAAAAGUAGCAAUGAUUUAUACCACCCACCCCACAACGUAAAAAAACGAACUAUUUAAUUAACCAACAAAGCAACACGUUUUUUUUUUGUUACUUUCACCUGUUGAAUCAUCAACACGUAUAUUACCUGUCUCCAAGUUCAACGCCGCUAAAACAUGAUUAAUCACUUAUGUUUCCUUUUCACCCCCCCUUUUCUGCAUCAUUUAACCACGAUGGCUUUACAUUUAGUAGGCUCUGAUAUUUAGCUCUUAACGUCUGCACAUCUACAUCUUCUGGGCUCUCACUAUACAAACGUCCCAACAUGGCUUCUAUUUUUCGUUUUUUUCUCUCCGCAACAUCUAUUAGGUUAUGAACCACCAUUGCCCUCUCCUGUUUUUUCACAUAACGUCAACAAUGUUAAAAACUCACCGAUACGUGUACAUACGAGUACACUUUGUUUUCGUGCCAAUUUUUUUUUUUGAAAUGGUGUAACAUAUGUAAAUGCAUCUGUAUGUGUAGGCGUCUUUGGUGCAGGAAAAAGAAUAUGUAGUAAGUGACACGACAAUGGAAUCAACCGUCGGGGACAAGGGAUGUAAUGAGGUCCAACGGAAUGAGACUAUUGAUGUUGAAUUUGAGAAGACGAUAGAGAAUGAUGACAGAAUGAGGAGAGAUUUAAUUGUGGAAUUUGAAAACAUAGUGUCAGAUGGCCGUGAACUUCAUGCUGGUGUUGACGGCGAUAUAACAUUAUUGGCGAGCCAUGAUUUGGGAUGCACAAUGGAAGAAACAAAAAAGACGGUGGAGUGUGAUCAGGCAGUGAUCACAGAACUUCACGACAUUGAAUUUGGGAAAGGCGAAGAAGAUGGUAAUGAUGCUAAUGUUCAUGAUGAUAUUGCAUCAAUGACAAAGACCAAAAUCGAUAUUGGUACGAAGGGUGAUUAGGAGAAGCGGGAAGACAGUGAUAAGGCGGCGACCACAGAAGUUCCGGUGAUUGCUGCACCUGAUACUUAUGGUGAAAGGGGCGCACAGAUAACGGACACCACAGAUUUUGGCACGAAAGUUGAUGAGGAGAAGCGGGAAGACAGUGAUAAGGCGGUGACCACAGAAGUUCCGGUGAUUGCUGCGACAGAUACUGAUGGUGAAAGGGGCG